CACCGCUUCGUGGGCUCGGUGACUGCACCACAGCGCAGCCACCUAAUCCGCUUACCUUUGCGAUGCAGGUCAGUACAUCGUAUGCCCUCUUCGCUAAAAAAUCCAGUAAUUAUAUUUUGGUGCAGUUUCCGAGCCCGCACUGCUGUGUUGCCAUUGCCGUUGAGUGUGCACACGUAAUUCAUUCCUUGCUCAUGCUAUCAGGUGACGUUGAGGCUAACCCUGGCCCUGAGGGUAAUGCUGCCGUACUCGCUGAACUACAGAAGCUAAACGUGGGACAGACCCUGUUGAUUACGGAAAUACAGGGCCUCAAAACACAGCUGAACACAACAGACCAAACCAUAGCAAGCCUAGACAAACGAAUGGCCGAUCUCGAAACGCAUUACCAAACACUUCUUUACCUCAGAAACGAUAUUGAAAUAAUGCAGUCAACCACAAUCGACCAAGCUAAAAAGAUUAAAGAACUAGAAACACGCCUGGAUGACGCGGAAAACCAAUCACGUCGGAAUAACCUUAUUUUCUAUGGCAUCCCUGACCCUGCUAGCGCUGAAACAUGGGCUGAGUCAGAAAAACUAGUCAUUGAUGUUUGCCGCAAAAAUCUUGAUAUUACCUUGGACCCUAACGACAUUGAAAGAGCGCAUCGCCUCGGAAAUCAUUCAGCCGACCGAAUUCGUCCCGUAAUCGUAAAAUUCCUAUCUCAAAAUACCAAAGACGCACUGUUAUCAAAUGGCCGUAAAUUGAAAGACACAAACUACAGUAUUGGAGAGGACUUCUCCCGCACCGUUCGACACGCGCGUAAACAGUUACUAGUGUUUGCCAAAGCCAAUUCUAACAAGUACUCCUUGCGCUUCAAAACCCUGCACAUCGGCUCAAAAGGCUAUGUAUUUGACGCAUCAUCCCAAGCCGUUAAGGAAAUAGCAUAG